GAAUCAAAAGUUAAACUAUGUAAUAUUCUUUAGCUAUUUGUGUAUGCUUCCCGAGAAAAAGAAGAAGAAAAAGGGAGUAAAAGAGAAGACGGAUUUGAUUCUCAACAACUGUUACUCUAACCUCAAAGUCUGUAGCUCUCCAGUUUUCCUCUUUUUCCCUCUUCAAUUUCCAGGGAAUCAAAGGGACAAUUUUUUUUCUUUAAAAAAAUCAAUUUGAUUUUCGUUUUAAGUGGUUGUAAAUUUGAAUUUUGAUUGGAAUAAUAGAUAUGAGCAAAGAACGGCCACCCGAGCCUCUCGAUUUUUUCAUUUGGACUGUUAAGGAUGUUGGUAUGUGGUUGGAAGAAAUAAAUCUUGGUGGCUAUCGCCAGAUUUUUAAGGAAAAUAGUAUCAAUGGGGAAUACUUGGAAGGAAUGUCUAUGUUUACAACUGAACAGAUUCUUCGGUUUAUAAGGCGAUGCCAUAUGAAGUGGGGAGACUUCAUCACACUAUGCAAGGAACUGAGGCGAAUAAAAGUGGCUUGCCUUAAAGGUGAACAAAAAGUCCGCAGGCCGUGGUGGGCUCCGCCUUGCCUUUCAGUAGUCUUUGGCAAGGUGGCAAAGAGCAAUCGACAGUCACGCGUCGUCUCUUUGAAGCUGGAACCAUAAUGAAGAAUAUGCCUUUUACGUGCACAUGUCGUGUUUCUCCUCGCUAAGGGGAACUGAACUUUUUGUUUAAAAAUCUGUCGAAGGUAUGGCUCAUAGUUCUUCCUUGAAGAACUCUUCUAUGUAUACAAAGCCUUUU